AUGGGGUACUACGACAUUGACGAUAUUCUAGCGGAGGGCGAAAAGGUGCCUUGCGCUUUCAACGCCACAUAUCCUGGUCUUGGGUUUCUAGAAGGUAGUCCAGGGAGACCGCUUAUGAAAGAUACAAAGGUUGAACUACCUAUGUGGCUAGCUAAGCUAUUGGCCACGAGUGAAUUGCUGUCAGAGUCUGAUCUUUCUUUUGUGGAGAUGCUUACGCCUGACUUUGUCAGUGCUAAGGUACUCAACGCUAUACGUGCUGAACCAAAGUCUGUUGACCUACAUUCCCUUAAAGCAAACUACUAUAAGCUUGCAGAGCAAUGGAUUCAUAUUUUCAGUGAUCAACAAGUCGCUGAAAUCGUCAUGGAGCUCUUGAAACAGAGAGCUUUGGAGAUUGACAAUUUCGCCAGCAACACCACUAAACACGUCAACAGCUCGUUCUUGCUCUCGUUGGACGAGUUCGAGAAGAAACUAUAUAAGGCCACUGCCGAGAGCAAAAGACAAGCCAGGAACUGGUCAAACCAGACGUGA